UCGGGAUGGUUGUCAGUGCAGUAGUGGCACGUCGCUUGGCAGACAACAGUUGGUGUGUUCAACGUGGUCAGUCUAAUGAGGCUUAUCGCCAUCAUUCAAUGAGUCUCACUAGCAAAUUAAUGGUGAUUGCUCAAACAAUCGGGCAGGGCGGUAAAUAUGACAGAGCAAGAGUGAAUACUGGCCGUGUCCGGAAAAUAUGAGAUGCGCUUCAUUCGGCAGUCACCGAUACCUACCGUAUGUCGUCAUCGUCACUCUGCUGUUUCUCCUGGAGCUGACCUGGCUCGUCAGGGUUCAUCCUCGUGGCCGACCGGUCGUCUUGCUCGCCUCCGACGCUACUUCUAACGCGAGUCUCCGUCAACUGAACUCGGGGUCAAGACCCACAAUACCACCCUCCCACUCAACACCUGGUGCACCAGCGAUAUUGGUGUCCGGACCUGCACUAACACCAUUGGGGAACAAACGACCCCUCUUGGUGCUGCACUGGACGCAGCGGCAGAGUGCCGCCAUCGGUGACGGCGUGAAUCUCCGUCUCGACGAGAACUCGUUCUCUGGCUGUCCGUGGGCCGGCUGCCGUGGCACGGGUGACCGCCGCCUCCUGGAUAGCGCAGACGCGGUGUUGUUCCACGGUCGACUGCUGAAGGUCACGGACCUUCCUCCACUCCGCCGACCGGAGCAAACGUUUGUGUUUGUACUGCGGGAGUCACCGCAGUCAACUCACCUGCCGCUGAAGAAGUUGGAUGGUUUCUUCAACAUGACGAUGACGUACAGUCGGAACGCCGAUGUGGUGUUCCCUUACGGACAGACGGCGGUCGGAAAACAGCCGGGCGCGCUACCGUUCUUCCACCGCAGACUGCGCCCGGUGGCCUGGAUGGUCUCCCACUGCCGAACGGUCUCCAAAAGGGAGCAGUACGUCUCCCAGCUACGCCGCCACAUCACCGUAGACAUCUUCGGUACCUGUGGCAACCAGCCGUGCCCCGGCCCGCGACUCGACUGCUACCGUUACCUGGCCGAGACGCACCUCUUCUACCUGUCCUUCGAGAACACGCUCUGCGACGAUUACAUCACAGAGAAGUUCUGGUUGGCCCUGGAAGCCGGUAUGGUACCGGUGGUACGAGGCCCGUCUUCAGAAUCCUACCGCCGAGUGGCACCGCCCAAUUCUUUCAUUCACGUGGAGGACUUCGCUGGACCUAAGGCGCUGGCGGUUUAUCUCCUAUCGUUAGCUCAGAACAGGACAGCCUAUGAAAAAUACCACUCGUGGCGGAGAUCGCAUUAUGUGCGCCGGCCACAGGGAUUGUGUGACCUUUGCCAGCAGCUCAGCGUUAGUGGACAUACGGAGGCUGUGCGGCUAACCAGUGUGUGGAACGCGACAGAACAGUGCCACGAACCACGUGAUCUCGGUUCAGAAGCGUGACGACGUUAUGUUCCAAACCACGUGAUCUCGAUAAAAAACCAUGACGAUAGACUGCUGCGAACACUGUGAUUUCGAUCGAGAAACGUGACGAUAUAAUGUCAUGAACCACGUGAUUUCAACAUAGAAACGUGAGAGUGUACUGCCGCGAACCACGUGAUAUCGCUUAGCCAAACGUGAUGUUACCCAUAAGCCUGAGCCGGUGAACAAUUUCUUCCAUUACGGACGAAUAGGCAUUGGGCGCUUGCAUUGGGCGGGUAGAUGAUGUCAUAGUGCAUAUUUUUUUCACAACAAUGCGGUGGGCGUGAAAGCGACGUUCUUCUCAGCUUUUUGUAAUUCGCAUUUGCUUUUUGUAAUUCGCAUCACCUACCUAGCGAAUUAUCUUUCUCGAUGCUUUGUGUCUGAUGAAUAUAUGUGAACGCGAAUUA